ACUGCUUCCGAGGUGGCCCCUUUUCAUUUCUACUCCGCCGACACUGGCAAAGAAAAGCGUAGAAGUGGAGCGAAGUGACUACGUGCGAUCGAGUGAGAGAGCGAAACGGACUGACUAUGGGCGAAGAACAGCCCAGGAACAAAGGCCGCGACUAUGUGCGAAGGAGUGGGAGACAGCGAGUCUAAGUGGGUAG